UUAAUAUAAUCGAAAGCAGUUGUAGGUUUUUACGUAAAGAGACAAGGACAGAAAACUAUAAAAGCCAUGCGCUUCUUCAGUUUCCUCUCAGUUGCUUUCCGCUCUCUUUGCAAAUCGCCAAUCUCCACAGAGUUACCGGAUCAGUUUCAUUGCGUAUUUCGAGCAAUUUCAAGUCUUCGGAAUAUUCAAGAAAAAUGAGAAGCUCUGUAAUUUGCUUUAUAUUUAUAAGUGUCGCCAGUGUCUGCCUAGCAAGACCGCAAACAGACCUGUACUCGAACCAAGAUGGCUUCGUCUUUCCGGGAGUAGCCGACAGACCGGAUAAAUUCCCAUUAAAUCCCCAUAAUCCAGGAUGGCAAGAUCCGGGUAUCGGCGGAGGAAAUAAUGGAGGUGUGUGGCAACAACCAGGCUUCAAUAGGCCAAACAAUGGUGACUUGUGGCAACGACCAGGCAAUGACUGGUUAACUAAUGGUGACUUCUGGCUACAACCAGGUAACGGAGUCAACAACGGAGGAUCAUGGCAGCAGCCCGGAAACGGAGGCAAUAAUGGAGGAUCGUGGCAGCAGCCAGGAAACGGAGGCAACAACGGAGGAUCGUGGCAACCACCUACCACUAAUAACGAUUACUGGAGUACGAAUACGACCCCGACAACAACUCAGGCCCCUGUGACCUCUGGUGCGGGUCAAAGUACAACGGAUAGCCCCGCUUACACUAGAUGUUUCAAUAGCUGUCAGGCUACUUCUGAAUAUAAUCCGGUAUGCGGCUCCGAUGGUGUUGUUUAUUCAAAUCCAGGAAGAUUGGGCUGUGCAAAUACUUGCGGAAAACGUAAAUAUCAAGUUACAGUGGUACGAUUUGGGCCAUGUGAUGUAAAUGGAAGUGCUCGAGGAUGAACAGAUAGUAUCAAUAUUUUUUGAUUUUUAUAAAUUAUUUACUUAUGAUAUAUUAAACCGCGAAAUAAGCAAAAUAUUGAAAAUGGAGGGUAAUUUUAAAUAAAAUACUUCUCUAGCAUGAGAAAGUUAAAAAUACAAAAAUAUAUAGGGAUAGGAAUUCGAGAUUGCUUUUUCUGAAGGAAAAUCUGUGCUGAGAUCAAAAUUAAUUCAUUCAAUGAAAAUUCUUCGAAAAAUUAUAGUAAUACUUUCGUAAACUAAAUCGAAUGUGUGACUAUAUGUACGUGCAUUCAUUUAACUAUCAUCACGAAAUCAACUACUCAUCGAACCAUUGUUAAAAAUGACUACAUUGAUCAGGAUUAUUGAUUAAAUAUUAUAGUAUUGCCAGGAGUCUGAAUUUUUCCUACUUUUUUUAUUCACGAGACAACUAAUUAAACAAAUUUGCUUACUUAAAAAUUACCAUAAUACGCGAACUAGAUCAUGAAUCUAGCAUCGAUAUUAAUGCGGUAAGAUAAGACGCAGACAAUCGUACCAUCUACAAGAAUUAAAAAUACAUUUUCAAAAUAGAUAAAAGUAAAUCCGACAAAAUUGAUGAUGCCCAUCGCACUUACACUGAAAUAAGUUUCAAAAUUGAAUGGAGUAGAUGGUCCUAUUCUUAUUCCUAAUGGUUGCAUCGAUUUUAACAUUAUAAACUGUAACAUUUUCCGUGUCCUUGGUGAAAAUCGAUACCACUCACAAUUGUAACUAUACAAUUACGUAAAAAAACAUAAUUGUUAACUGUAAAAAUGGUUUCUAAAUUCUUAAAUUGGUCUUGUUUUACUUCGUACCAUAAGUAAUAGAUACUUAAGUUACAAUUAUAUAAUUUUUGAGCCAAGACGCAAACUUCGACUGUAAAUUCCAUGAUCAUCAAGUAAAUAAAUAACAUCAUUAAAGCGAAAUUUUUGUUACUUUUGAAAUGAAUGAUCAUCUGUAUUAAUGUUAAAUUUUUCAUUUUCAAAAUUAAUAUUACUGAUAUGUAAAAAACUUUUUCUUUUGUAAAAUCAAUAGUACUGAUAUGUUUACCAUGCCACCGGCCACAGUACGGCAAAAUAUUAAACAUGCCACCCCCAUCAAAUACAUAGUAUUGUCAGAGAUCUGAAUAGAUUUUGUUAUGCUGUAAAACAAGUAAAAAAAUUCUUUUGAUAAUUACCCCAUAAUAAAAAAUACAUUUUUAAUGUGAUAAUGUAAAAUAUACUCAAGGCAAUAUUGAUGCCGCUGAAUAAUGUUAGCCAUGCAUUUAUUAACAGAAUUAAGUUGAUGAUUUUUCACAAAGUUUUCUAUUUCUUUAGAACUGAACAUUUUUCCAAACCUGAAUCUAAUGUUUAAAUAAAUCAAUCAAAAAUCGUAAAAAUCGAUUUGAUAAAUAAUUUUAUACCUGAUGUAUUUCUAUUUUCCAAUAUUAUAAUAAAUACUCAUACUAUGAAAAUAA